AUGUUUUACGACGUUGACUACGACUUCUUUGUGGAUGCAGCGGAUAUGAAGAGUACAUUUGGCAUUUUGGCCAAACUUUCGGCCAAUGCGUCUACUGAGAUGCGUUUUAUUGGCGCUCGUCGAUCCUUUGGGCUACCGAAGCUGGGACUUAUGUGUGGAAAUGAUGGCGGCUGGAAAAAGCGUGAAGAUGGUGCAUUGAGUUACGUGGUAUGUGCCUCAAUGGAAGCUACCAGGCAAGUCCUCAAACCCUGUCUUUUCUACGUCGAUUUUUAUUGGAUGAGAAGAGAUAGCAAAGGCUCAUUAAGUGUCAAUUCUCUGAAGACGAAGUUUGCUGUUAAAAAUGUUCUGAGUUCGGAUUAUAGACCAAUGGACGGAACGUUGUUUAAAUCUGUUGGGAAUUUCGACGGAUAUGCUGAAAUUAUAUAUGGCUCACCCAUUUACAUGUGCGUCCCUAAAAACCGGAACACUAGUCGCAAAUCAGGAAUUGUCUGUGGUAAGUGGGAAAAAAGUUCUUGA